CUUCACCGAUUUGGCGCGGGUUACAUUGCGCAUUUCACGCGGCUACGGCGGUCUCUUCAAUGUUUGAUCUGAGAGAACUGAAACGAAGUACUUUGCAUAGUGUGUGAUUUCGCCAAUCACUUGGUAUCGGAAUCGGAUUAAAAAUUUGCUUUUUGUUUUUCCCGGCUGUGAUAAGAUGUUAAGGAAUAAAAUAACUUGGUUAUUGCGAUUUCAGUCGCGCAUAUCUUGUAAUGUCUAAUUCAUAAAUAUAAUAUAUAGCGUAAUUUUUCUCUCACUCAUAGUUGUUUCAUAAUAGUGAAUAGUUUUGUGUACAUUUGUAUUUCAAGUAUAUUUCUUCAAUCAUGACUACACCAUCUGCAGUAGUUGCAGCUGUUGUUGCAGUUUUAAUGUUCAUUAUGGGAAAUUUUUCUCUUCACAAGAUUGAUGAAGGUCAUAUGGGUGUUUAUUAUAGGGGAGGUGCAUUACUAAAAGAAACCAGUUCGCCUGGAUUUCAUAUGAUGAUUCCUUUUAUAACUACAUAUCGAUCCAUUCAAGUCACCUUGCAAACAGAUGAAGUAAAGAAUGUACCAUGUGGUACUAGUGGAGGUGUUAUGAUAUAUUUUGACCGAAUUGAAGUGGUUAAUGUUUUAGAUUCAAAUAGUGUAUAUGAUAUUGUACGAAAUUACACUGCUGAUUAUGAUAAAGCCUUAAUUUUCAACAAAGUUCACCAUGAAUUGAACCAAUUUUGCAGUGUUCAUAAUUUACAUGAAGUAUAUAUUGAUUUAUUUGAUCAAAUUGAUGAAAAUCUGAAAAUUGCUCUUCAAAAAGAUUUGAAUAAAAUGGCUCCAGGUUUAUACAUUCAAGCUGUUAGGGUAACAAAACCUAAAAUACCAGAGACUAUAAGGAAAAACUAUGAGCUUAUGGAGAGUGAAAAAACAAAACUAUUAAUUGCAGUUCAAAGGCAAAAAGUUGUUGAAAAAGAUGCUGAAACUGAAAGAAAAAAGGCUGUUAUUGAGGCUCAAAAGAAUGCAGAAGUUGCUAAAAUUCAAUAUGAGCAAAAAAUCAUGGAGAAAGAGUCCUUGAAAAAGAUGUCUCUUCUUGAAGAUGAAAUGGCUUUUUCAAGGCAAAAAACUAGAGCUGAAUCUGAAUCUUAUACCAAGAAACAACAAGCUGAAGGAAACAAGCUUCUUUUAACACCUGAAUACUUGGAGCUUAAGAAACUUGAAGCCAUUUCUCAAAACAGUAAAAUAUAUUUUGGAUCAGAUAUUCCUAAAAUGUUCAUGGAUACUAGUCAAGCUUCUCCUGACGUGAAAAACGUGGUGAAUUCUGAAGUGUUGUUUAACUAUGAUCAUGACACAUUACUUGAUACUGAAUGAAAAGUAAAAAGUUCUUCAAUAAACAAAGUUCAGAAACCUCAUCCAAAGACUCUCGGAAGAAACCCUGAAUUUCUUUUCAAGUUAAUGGCCCUGGCAUUUCAAGAAAUCAUUCUUGAAACAUAAUUGUUCAGGGAACAAACUUUGUUUUGCAAAAAAGCUCUAAAUUUGUUGUUUUACCAAAUUCUCAUGUGUGAAACUCUUUAAAGGUUUUGUAAUUUUAUAAUAAAAAAUGAAUUUUCAAAACACCAAA